AUGUGUUUCUUGUUGAUGGUAUUAUUUUCUUUUCUCACUAGCACCAUAACUCCACAAACAGCUUCUUAUGGAACCAUCGGAGGACAAAUUACAAUAAUUUUCAAAAAUCAAGAUCAAUACAAGGCUUUGAUGGACGUUUCAUCUCAAAGUUUGCACUUGAGAGUAUCGGUCUUUCGAUUAGAUAUUGUUCAGAGCGGAAAUUCUACAUAUCCAUACAUUCCCGAUAUUGUUGAAAUAACGACUCUUUCUCCACUCAAAACAAGCGUCAAUAACCAAAUUGUGUUGUUGCCUUCACAACAAUUUCCAGCAAGCUUAAAAAUUCCCUAUCGAUUGGAUGAUCUUCCUCUUGCAAGUUAUAUUGUGUUGGGACAAAUUGUUUCAGGACACCAGUCUCUUACAAGUUUUAAUGGUUGGUAUCGUGGUGGAGGUGCUGAAUAUUUCAAAGACAUUACAUUAUCGAGCGACAAUAGUUAUUUUUUGAACGCUGAUUUUGUUAUUGAAGGCGCCACACCUUACCCUGCAUCUGAAAAAUUCCAUAGCAAUGGACAUUUCAGAUUUGUGAAAGGCCUGCCAGUGCUCUCUUUAUUUGGAAACGAAAAGGAGAGAGGAGUUUCACAUGGAUAUCUGCUAGCUCAACAAAUCAUUGACUUUUUCAGAUUCUACGUCUUGGAGGGUGCCAUCCUUUCUGCAAAAGAUUAUUUAAAUAUUCAUGUUCCGGUUCUAUCAAGCUCUGCUUUCAAGUAUGAUAAGGAAUUUAUCGAAGCUGUUGAAGGAAUUUAUUCUGGAAUGAUAGCUUCUGGUAUUGAUUUAUUUGUUCCUGAGCUGAACAGAAAAUUUCAAGUUAUUGACGUUAUUGCAAUUAAUGCCUAUAUUGAAUUGGAGUAUAUCGCAAGUCACGGAGUUCCAAAUAUUGCUUCAAACAAUUACUUGACUCAAAGUCUGAGAGAAAAAUUACUAGCUCAACGACCAAGAAGCGCAUUGCAUCGAUCCAAGCCACAUGCGGCUUGUACACAAUUUUCAGUAUGGAAUGAAUUCACCUCUACGAAUUGUCCUCCUGAGCAACAAAAUAACAUUAUUUCAGUUCGAAAUAUGGACGGAGAAAUUGACAUGAAGCGUGUCACAGUUCACGCAAUUUUGUUGUCCACUAUUGAAUCAACCAAUUCAUUCGAUAGAAAGUAUAUUAGUGUCAUGUGGCCGGGUUUCGUGGGAACUUUGAGUGCAAUCAAUGAAGAUGGAGUUUAUUCCAUGAUGAAUUAUGGCCGAACUCAUCCAAACACAACUUGGAGUUCAGGAGCUCCUGUAUCAUGGAUUCUUAAAGAAGUUAUUCAAAAAACCUCACUUGAAUUGGCCACUCCAUCAUACAUCCAACAAUUUAUCGAAAAGAACUUUAGAUCACAACCAGGAGGAGCUUGUUUAACAGGAUGCAUUCUAGUAUUUUCUCAUAGAAUUACCAGUAAUUCAUCACUACAAAAUUCACCUCCAUCAUUUGUGUAUGAAUCUGACUGGAAAGGUGGAAUGAUGAGGUUACCUCAACAAGCAUUUCCACGAUUUGUGAAAAGCAGUAUUGGAGCAAGCAAUCAUAAUCAUUUGUAUGGAGUUGAGUCUGGUGACAGAGAUUCUACCUUUAACUUUGGAAUUAGAAAUGGAUUUAGUUCCAUGUGGAGAUAUCAAGUUACUUCCAAUUUAAUUGAUGUUUGGGCGAGAUCUGUUUACAGCAAGGUGCAAGAUCCAAAUUUCUGUAACUCACAAAUGAGAGAAAUUCUUAGACGAGCAGCUCAUGGCCAAACUGAACACUCCAUCAUGUUUAGGCCUCUUAAUAAUGGUAAAAUAUUCAUUGACAUUGCAGUGGCCCAAGCAACGUUUAAUGGAUGGGAUGCACCUUAUCUAGAUUUUGUAACGUUUGAAUUCAAUGACUUGUUUACGAAAUAG